GCUGGUCAUCCGUCAUCCAUUUGCCCUGCCGUUCCAUGCAGUCGUUUUUUGCGUUGUGCAGCCGUGCUGCCUCUACAUGCAGUCGUUUUUUGCGUUGUGCAGCCGUGCUCCCCCUCCAGUCCGGGCACUGAGCCAGUCCGUCAGAUUGGCCCUCGAGUGACUCUUCAGACUUCGGGCACGGCAGUGCAUGACACUGCUCACUCGAUCACAGACCAAGGCCAUGGACCGGAAGGCGGGGGAAUCCCUCCUGAGCUAUGAGGAACGCCUGGCGGCAUUCAUUCAAGAGGCCAAUGAUAGGGCUGCCGCCGCGGCCAAGGAACGUCGGCAGCUUGAACAAGAGGAGGAGGCCAAGCGACAGAAGGAGAAACAGGACCGACUUCGUCAAGAGGAAACAGACCUGCAGGCGGCAGCUGAACACCGGUCACGCCAGCGGGAACGACUGUUCACACGGGAGACCGUGAUCGGCGAUGAGGCCGCACGUUGGGUGGAAAUGGCAUCUACAGACGAGGCCCCAGAGACUGAGAAAGGACUGUCAGCCCUUGCACAGGUCUCCCACGACCUCGUGGCCACCUGCGCUCUGCAGCAGGAGGAAAUCCUCCACCUGCAGCAGACAGUGGACCAGAUGCUCGCACGGCUGCGGGCGUUGGAAAAACAGCCAGCAGCCGUAGCAGCCGCAGGGCCUGCAAACCUUGCGACCCGUGUUCAAGUCUUGGAGGACGACGUCGGCAAUAUCAAGCGUGUGCAUCAGGACUUCAGGAAGUCGCAGCAAGCAACGAACUUGCAGUUGGAGACGCAGGUCCAGGCGGCCGCCACCGUGACGCCCGCCGCCGCAUCCUCCAGGCGCCCACCCAAGCUAGAUGACAUU